GGCCCAACCAUGUAUGACCUUGAGGAAGAAAGGAGGCAAUAUCUGGGGUAUCAGAACCAAAGCUGCCUCCUCCUCGUCCUGCAGCUGGUCUCCAUCACACUCCUGGUUGGGCUUCUUGUGGCCAUCCUCCUUCAAGACUCCCAUGAUUUCACCUCUCAGGAGAAGGAGAGGAUCUACCAGGACCUCAUUGAGCUGAAGGCUGGAGUGGACCACCUCUGCCGACCCUGCCCCUGGGACUGGACGUUCUUCCAAGGAAACUGCUACUUCCUCUCCAAGACCCAAGGGAACUGGAAUUAUUCUGUCACUGCCUGCCAGGAAGUGGGGGCCCAGUUAGUCAUCAUCAAAAGUGAUGAUGAGCAGGGCUUUCUGGUGGAGAUCUCUAAGCAUAAACACCCCUCCUGGAUUGGUUUUUCAGACGUGAGACAGGAAGGCAAUUGGCUCUGGCUGGAUGGCUCACCUCUGACACAAAGACUCAUGAAGUAUUGGAAGCCAGACAACUCUGACAGCAAGGGAGAAGAUUGUGCAGAACUUAGAGGAUAUGAAUGGAAACACAACAAAUGUGUUCAGGAGAAAUUCUGGAUCUGCAAGAAGUCUUCAUUGUCCUGCUCCAGAGAGUGA